AGAUCACAAUGUUGAAGUUAUUGCUUGCUAUUGCGAUUAUUGGCUUUGUGGGAGCAGAGUGGGAACUAGACACAAAAUGGAUCGAUCCAGAUGAUAUUGAGGUCACCGAAGAAACGAUUCCGGAUGAUGAGAUUGAAGAGGUCUUCGCCGAUCGCAUGAUAGAUCGCAUCCCAUCAUUCUUGAUUCCAGGCCCAGUGACAAUCAUAAGAGGUGUGGUUGACAUCAGUUAUGGCAUCAUUCAAGUUAUCACCAGUCGUCGUGGCAAUGUAAACCUAAUGCAGCGAAAUGGCCAAUUGAUAAGGUGUCCAUGGAGACAGAGAGGUGGUUUCUAUAGAUGGGAGUGGACGUGGACCACACGAAUGAGGUGUGCAGGGAUUCCAUCAGUAAGAGCAAGAAGCAAGGGAAGAAAUUCUGGAGUUGCAUCCGCCGGUUGCAGAACUCAGAGGUUGUUGGUUGGCAAUCCACGUGGGCAGAUUACCUUCGCAUAUAGAAACAGAAGGAGCAGAUGCUAAACAUAUUCCAAGCCCAAUUUCAAACCCGACAAGAAAUUGUGUAUGCUACUGGAAUAAAU